CUGAUACGAGGUCAGACCGAGCGACGUUUCACUUUAUCAGUCUGAACCGCCUGCAGUCUGUUUACCGCAGAUGUAGUUGGAGUUCUGUGAAGUAAUUUUAAGAUUUUUUUUCACAUUUUAGCACCAAUAGUGGUCCAAAAACAUCACAGAGAGCGAAAGGCACAGUUUGAAAAAUCACAAAUCACAUUUCUCUCACAGUUUUCAAGCUGCCGUCUAUAUUCAGACUUUAAUACACUCCGUCUCUAACAGAGUCCUGCUAAAACACAACUUGAAAUGUUAGUUAUUGAUUAAUCUUUAUGUAACCAGGAGAAAUCCCGUUAAGAUUAACAACCUCUUUUGCAAGGGAGUCCUGGCCAAGAUGGGCAGCAGCAAUUAUAAAACACAGUUACAAAAAUUACAGUUAAAAUACAAAAACAUAAUAAGAUUAAAUUUUCUAGCAAGUUAUGACAAACAAGUGCAUGUUAUGGCCUCAGGAACUCACAAUUUUAUACCACUCAAGGAGGUUAACUCGGUUGGAUUCCAGUCUUUCUGCAACACCUUCCAUGCAGAAGGUGCAGAGUAGACAAAAGCCUUUCUACCAAAUUCAAUACAAGAAUAUGGAACAGAAAGCAACAAAUGAUCUUGUGAACAGAAAAGUAAAGAUCAGAAAUUUUCUGUGCAGUUAAGAAGCAAAUGUAGGCGGCAGUAGUCCAAGUACUGCCUUACAUAUGAAGGUAUACCAAUGACAGAUCCUUCUGGUAAACGGUGUCAGCCAUCCAAAAGAUUGCCAUAAUCCCACACAGACAAAAAAAAAGUCGUAGCGACAAGCCCCUUCUUAAGUGCAAGAACAUCUUCAGAGUGUUGUGAAGAAAUUGAAGUAAGAGGUGACAUCUUGGACAUUCUCCACAGUGUUGUGCAGAAAUUGUAGCUGGAGGCAAUAAAAUAGGAGGGAAACAAACCUAAAGCAAACACACAGCAAAUAAAAUGGAAUAGAUCUAUAUUGUCUUUGUAGAACAAUUAAAUAAUCUGAAUCAUCUACUGACAGUACGUAUGUGAACACAUACAUGGAAUUUGACUCUGGUGUCUAAUUAGCUCUAUAAAUACUGACAAAAACAACUGGUUUUGAUGGAAAAUGAAUGUUAAACAAUUAUGUAAACUUACAGGUACAAGUUAAAAAAAUUUAAUAUUUAAAAAAGUAAACAAGACUUCAAGUGCAAAAUUACAGUUAAGUCAUGCUGAGUUUUAGUGCAAAAUGGUAGUGAACCAGAGUUUAAAUAAAGUUAUUAAGAAUAAAUAGAGUUUCUGACAUGAGGCAAGUUUACCAGCUCCUGGAAUUAACAGCAUCGAUAAAGGAACUCAAAUCAUUAAGAAAAAUAUGUUUAAAAGGAGACUGCACUGUAAUGAAAGAACUGAUUAUUGUAAUAUGUACAUAGUGAAAGUAUCACAUAGCUUCUGUUCAAUAACAACAGCACAAUGGUGCUUUCAUUACUUUAUUUGUUUUAUUGACUGAUUUGCUUCCCUGGUCUUUUCUUUUUCUUUCUGUUUGUGCUGACUAGCCUCCUGUUAUGAUAUCCCUGAAUAUCUUCUUAUUUUUAGCCCCUCAGAGCACUUGAUCAACUUUUUAAAAGUUAUCAUUAUUACUAUCAUUGUCAUUUUCAUUAUUAUUACUGUUUUUAUUGCUAUCAUUAUGAUUUUAUCAUUAAUAAUAAUACAUUCCAGAGAUUCACGUCUGACUUCAGCAGCUUCAUGUGUUCCUGUCCUCUUCGAGAAAAACAGCUGAUUACUGGGUUUCGUUUACUUCCUGCUAUCGACGGCGCAUGUAUGUGACGUUAGCGCGUCGUUGUUUUGGCGCGGUACCGGAGCGGAUUUGAAAAGCUUCGGACCGUUAGCAGCCGGUGAGCAGAAGAGCGGAGCUACCUGCUGACUACGGAGGCUUAAACUGUGGCGAAAACUGUUGCAACUACAGAGAUGUCGUGGGACUUUCUGGUGCCCGUGUGCGUGGGCGACCUGGUGAAGACCGGAGGGAUCAACCAGUACGUGGUUCAGGAUGUGGUCCCCCCAAAACAGCUGCCGUCCAGCCUCAGCAGGUUCAGGGCAGCUCUGAGGAGCCAGGGACCUUCAUCUAUCCUGGAACACUUUGACACAGGCUAUAGCGUCCUACAGCACUUCAACUCCGUGGAUCUGGCUGUAAAAGAGGACGCUCUGGAAUUACUCAUACAAGUGGUGGGCAGUCUGGCUGUUUCUCUGCCGGCGCUCCUCGCCUCCACCUCCCUGACGGCUGCAGAACGCAAAGAGAAGCUUAACGCGGUUAAAAUGAGCGUCUUCCUGCUCUGCAAACUCACAGAGAGUCUUGAGAGCGAGUCCUACAGACAGAGUAUCGUCACAGCACCCGGGAAGGGCGGUAAAAAAGGUAAAUCUGGUGGAGAAGGUCUGAUGCAGUGGGACUCGGAGAGAGAGAAGGUUCUCCAGGCCCUGAUCCAGCUCCUCCAGCUGGACAUCCGACCCCUGUGGAACCUCUCUCUGGUGGAGGAAGAGUUCAUCAGCUGUGUGACCUGCUGCUGCUACAAGCUCCUGGAGAACCCGACCAUCAGCCAUGUGAAGAGCAAACCCACCAGAGACUGCAUCAUCCACCUGCUGGGGCUGCUCAUCAAGAAGUACAGCCACCUCCUGGGAGCCAGCGUGAAGGUGAUCCAGCUGCUGCAGCACUUCGAGCAGCUGUCGUCGGUGUUCGCUCAGGCCGUGUUCGUGUGGAGCACCGAGUACGGAGUCAGAGCCAUCAUCGGGGAGGUCAUCAGGGAGAUCGGUCAGAAGUCCAGCGAGGAGCUGGCCAGAGAAGGUUCAGGGGUCAAGGCCUUCGCUUCCUUCCUGUCUGAACUCGGCGCUCUGGUUCCUGAACUGAUGAUCCCCAACAUCAGUGUGCUGAUCACUCACCUAGAGGGAGAGAGCCACACCAUGCGUGUUGCCGUAUGCGAGGUUCUGGGAGAGAUCCUCGUUCGGGUUCUGUGUGGCGACGGCCUCGACGAGUCCGGUAAAGCCGAUCGAGACCGAUUCUUCGACACGCUGCAGGAGCAUCUGCAUGACACGCACUCCCACGUCAGAGCGCGAGUGCUGCAGGUCUUCACUCGCAUCGUCAACAGCAAAGCUCUGCCGCUCUGCAGGUACAGUGAGGUGAUGGAGCUCGCUGUGGGGCGACUGAUGGACAAAUCCAUCAAUGCAGUGAAGAGCGCCAUCCAGCUGUUAGCAGCCUUCAUCGCACACAAUCCCUACAGCUGCAAGUUGAGCAGCGCGGAUCUGAAGAAACCUCUGGAGAAAGAAACAGCGAAACUCAGAGAGAUGAAGGAGAAACUGGAAGGGAAAGCACCAGUGGCAGUGAUUAAAGCUUCCGAGCUGUGGGCCGCGAUGGAGCCCGAGCUGCUCGUCACUGUCAGAACCGAGCUGGAGCCCAGGAGUGACGCCGAGAAGGAGCAGCAGGAGGAGGAGGAAGAGGAGGAGGAGGAGGAGGAGGAGGACGACAGAGCGACGGCGGUGAAGAUCGCUCAGUACCUCCGAGUCAACAAAUACAGGAACGCCGCUCAGCUCUGCAUCAGAGCCCACCGCUGCUUCCCACAGUCGGAGAUGUUUGCCGCUCUGUCCACGGUCACCACACAGACUCUAAUGGACACUCUGGCCCUGAUAUUUAAAGGCUCCGAUGAAGACGCCGCAGAGCUCAGCCAGAACUUACCUCCAACCCCGCAGAAAGAUGGAGACAAGGAAGGAGAGGACGGAGAGCUGAAGAAGCAGGAGAUGCUGGUCCAGUACCUGAGGGACACAGAAACCUUCGCCUUACAGGUGGAGAGAGCGAUCUCCGUCAUCAACACCAUGCUGUACUGGAAAACCACGUCAGUGGUCCAGGAGGCGGUUCAGUUCUGCGUCACCGUCUGCGAGUUCAGCGUCGCCAACUCGGUCAGCGGAGUGAGGAAGAUGCUGCCGCUGGUCUGGUCCACCGACGCCGCCGUUAAAGACGCCGUGGUUCAGGCCUACAGACGGCUUUAUCUGAACCCUCAGGGCGACACCGUCAGGAUGAAAGCCCACACUCUGGUGGACAGUCUGUCUGAGCUGAUGGUCGAUGCUUCUCUGGGAACCAUCCAGUGUCUGGAGGAAAUUGUUCAGGAGUUCUUCGGUAGCGACAGCAACCUUCAGUCCACCGUGGUUCAGGUUCUGUGGGAGAGAUUCACCGGGAAAAGAGAAACUUCGGCUCUACACAAGAGAGCUGCAGUGUUGCUGCUGGGCAUGGCUGCACGGGCAGAGAGGGAGGUGGUGCUCAGCAACCUGGACACUCUCUGCUCGGUGGCUCUGGGCGAGAAGGUGACCGAAGACUUCCUGCUGGCCAGAGACACGGUUAUCACCAUCUGCAGCAUCACCGACCACGUCAGGCAGUCCAAAGCUGCUCCGUUCAGACUUCCUCAGGAGCAUCAGCUGUUCACCUGCCUCACUCAGGCCGUCGCUGAAGGUGUGGUGAUGGAGGACCCGUACUGGCAGAGCUUCAUGGAGCAGGCCGUGCGCCUCCUCUACUUCCUGGCAGAGUCUCCCGACCAGCUGUGCUCUCGGCUUCUGCAGCGAAGCGCUCGCCUGGUGCUCGAUCAGAUCGCGGAAGGCGGCGAAAUCAACAACAAGGACGUGAGCCAGAUGCAGGACGGAUCCCAGGAGUCCGGUGAUCAGGGUGAGCAAGUGAGCUGUGUGAGUCUGGCCCAGCUGCUGGCUCUGUGUGGCGCCGUGGCGUUCUGGCAGGUGUCUCACCUGGAACGGAGCGUGAGCGCCGAGCUGAGGAGGAGGAGGGGGGAGACGGAGGAGAGGGAGGAGAAGGAGAAAGGCCCGUCCAGCAAGGCUAAGCAAACGGCCAAUGAGAGCGCCAUGGAGGAGGAGCUGGGGCUGAUCGGUGCUUCGGCCGACGACACGGAGGCCGAGCUCAUCAGGAAGAUCUGCGAGACCGAACUGCUGGCUGAGGAGAACCUGCUGAGCGCGUUCCUUCCUCUGCUGGUGAGAGUCUGCAGCUCCCCAGGACGUUAUUCCCACCCUCAGCUCACCACAGCUGCCUGUCUGGCUCUGUCUCAGUACAUGAUGAUCAGCCCGUCGGUGUGUGAGGAGAACAUCCGCCUCAUGUUCACGGUUCUGGAGCGCUCUGCUCUGCCGGUGGUCCGGGCCAACGCCAUCAUCGCCCUGGGAGACCUCACGGUCCGCUUCCCAAACAUUCUGGAGCCGUGGACUCAGAACCUCUACGCCAGGCUGAGCGACGAGGUUCCCUCUGUGAGGCAGACGGCUGUGACAGUUCUUACUCAGCUGGUGCUCAAAGACGUGCUGAAGGUCAAAGGCCAAGUCAGCGAGGUGGCGGUGCUGCUAAUUGACCCCGAGCCUCACAUCACCAGCCUGGCCCUGAACUUCUUCAACGAGCUGGCCACCAAGGACAACGCCAUCUACAACCUGCUGCCAGACAUCAUCAGCCGCCUGUCGGACCCCGAGAGAGGCAUGAGCUCAGAGGACUUCAACACCAUCAUGAAACAGCUGUUCUCCUACAUCACUAAAGAACGACAGACCGAGUCUCUGGUGGAGAAACUCUGUCAGCGCUUCAGGACGGCCAAGACGGAGCGGCAGUGGUGCGACCUGGCCGUCAGUCUGUCCCUGCUGUCCAUGUGCGAGCGCGGCUUCAAGAGGCUGCAGGAGUGCUGGGAGUGUUACAGCGACAAGCUCACCGAGCCGGGGGUCUACCAGCCGCUGCUCUCCAUCACCGCCAAGCUGAGGAGGGGCGCCAAGGUCCAGUUCAAGGCUCAGGUGGAAGAGUUCGAGAAGCGUCUGACUGCGGUUCACACUCGAGGCCUGGAGAACGUAGAGAGCCCAGAGAUGGACGAGGAGAACCACAAAGAGGGAGGUUCCAGCGAGAGGACGGUUCUCCAGACCAACCGACCCAGCAGAGGCCGAGCGAAGUCCAAGAGAGGCCAAGCCAAGCCGUCGGUCUCCAGUCAAGGGGACACUUUUGUGACGCCUCGGAAAACUCGCAAAUCCAAGAAACCAGUGAUCACCUUCAGCAGCGACGAGGAGGAGGAAGAUGAGGAGGACGCCGUCAUGGCCGAGAGCGAAACCCCCAAAGUGACGACGCCGAUCGCACGGACAUCCCGAAGAGCUCGACUCAGGAACUGAUGCCUCUUUUCUUUCCUUUCUAUCCUUUUACGCUCUGAACAUUUUUAUCAUCUUUUUGUAUAUUUUUUAACUCUCGCUUCUUAAACUACAGUUUGACGUCUUUUAAUAAACCCGCUCCUGGUUUUCCAACAGAA